UUGUUCUAUGCAUUUAUUUAUCAAACAAACGUCCCUCUGGCGGACAGUUCUUAAGUAAAUCUCUUUUGACGGUUUUAUUCGUUAGAGAAGAAAAUUCUAUCGCACUAGUUUCACAAUGGCAAAGUCAAAGAAUCAUACCAAUCAUAAUCAAAACCGCAAAGCCCACCGUAAUGGAAUCAAAAAGCCCAAAAGGUUUCGCCAUGAAUCAACUCUGGGGAUGGAUGCCAAAUUCUUGAGGAACCAACGAUUCUCCAAGAGGCACAACUUGAGUACCAAACAGCAACUCAAACGAGCUGUAGAAAGGAAAGCAGCUCGUGAAUCUAAGAAAUAGAUGUAAAUUGACAUAAUUAAAAAAAAUAUUUUCAAA